AUGCACACAUUAGCGCAGUCCCCUUUCCCUACUCCUACGCUCAUCCGUUGUGCCUCCUUCUCAAUCCCGCACUCAUCCUUUUCCCUCAUGCGCUAUUGUUCUAUUCACCCUUUCCUCUCCUGUCCCCCAUUGCAGGGCGGUCCCAUUUUCCCUCUCCUCCUCUCACCCGUUGUGACACUGUCCCAAUCCCGCUCUCAUCCUACUGCUCCCUUGAACCACCAUCCCUUUCCCUCUUUCUUCUCCCUACCUCCCAUCGCAGCGCAGUCCCCUUUCCCUACUCCUACGCUCAUCCGUUGUGCCUCCUUCCCAAUCCCGCUCUCAUCCUUUUCCCUCAUGCGCUAUUGUUCUAUUCACCCUUUCCUCUCCUGUCCCCCAUUGCAGGGCGGUCCCAUUUUCCCUCUCCUCCUCUCACCCCUUGUGACACUGUCCCAAUCCCGCUCUCAUCCUACUGCUCCCUUGAACCACCAUCCCUUUCCCUCUUUCUUCUCCCUACCUCCCUUCGCAGGGCAGUCCCCUUUCCCUUCUCCUACGCUCAUCCGUUGUGCCUCCGUCCCAAUCCCGCUCUCAUCCUUUCCUCCCCACCAGUCCCGUUUCAUUCCCCCUUUCAUCUCCUUACCUCCCUGA